AUGAUUCAAAAUCAGCAAAAAGAGAGGACGAAGAAUCUGUCUUCAAUUGCCGACGACGUUCUUCAACGAUGUGCCCUGAAACUAAAGACAUCCGUGAGCGUAUUGGUCAAAGAUUUUGAUGGCAAAUGGAAAGGGGAGAAGAAACAAUACUCGAGGAAAUUAGUUGAAUAUUGCUCCUCGAAAGCGCUGUAUGAAAUAUGCAAAGACAUGGAACAAACGAUUAGGGAAGGAACCUUUAGUCGGUUGAGCUUUGAUAUGAUGCUUGCUUGGGAGAAGCCUACCUGCGCUGAUGAACAAGCUCAAGUGGAAUGUAUGGCAAAGGAGAAAGAAGAAGUGAAGAAACCCGCAAAAGAGAAAGAAGAUAAAAAGAAACCUGCAAAUUCAUCUAACAAACAAGAUGACAUUCCUCUCUUCUAUUCAGACAUCAUGCCACUCCUUGUUAAUAAUGCACCAAAUGUUGGAGAAGAUGCAUUUGUGUGGUUGGGAUCAUUAGUUCCUUUGGUGGCUGAUUUCAUUAAUGGGAAGUUUACUUUCGAGACACUAACAUCAAGUACACAAAAUCGUCUUCAUUAUCCUGCUUACGACAAAUUUCUUCAAGAAAUUGCCAAAUGUGUACAACAUUUACAAAAGCAAGCAACACCAAGGAACGUGGAAAUGGCAGAUGAUGAGUUCAUUCUACACGUUGAAGGAACCGCCACUUCACAAAGAGUAAUACGCCAUAUCGGGAAACAAAGUUGGCCUGGUAGGCUUACAUUAACCAAUUAUGCACUCUACUUUGAGGCCUCGGGGUCAAUGACAUAUGAAGAUGCAUUCAAGCUCGACUUGUCAAAGGACAUUGACCACUCGAUAAAACCAGCAGCCACAGGCCCUUUUGGUGCUCCUCUUUUUGACAAAGCCAUUGUUUAUGAGUCUGCUGAGCUGGAAGAUGGUUUUCAAAUCGAGUUCCCGGAACUAACAAGUUGCACACGACGCGACCAUUGGCUAGCUCUGGUGAACGAAAUCAUGCUCCUACACAAAUUUCUAUCUAAAUUCAAAGUGGAAUCCCCCUUAGAAGCAUGGGAGAUGCACGCAAGAACAAUAUUAGGCAUAAUCCGACUCCACGCAGCAAGAGAAAUGCUCAGAAUCUCUCCCCCAAAUCCCAAAAAUUUCCUAAUCUUUGCAUUAUUUGACGAAUUACCUACAGGAAGCAAUGUGCUACACGAGCUCGCUGAAAGCUUAAAAUCUGUAAAAAGUGGACACCCGUGUAGUGCGAGUUCAAUAUUACGGAAUUUAAACGUCUCCGCUUGUAUUCCAUGUGCAGAAGCGGAUAUAUCGGUUGAACAAUCUGAUAAAAAUGUAAAUAAUCAACCUGACAAUUUAUUGUCGUUGGAGACUGCUGUUGAGCAAGUUAGAGAAGAGGCGAAAGAGAUUAAUUCGGCUAAAGCUACUGCCGAUGAGCUGAAAGAAGACGGAAUUGGCGACAGUGCUCUUGUAUUGAUGGAGCUUAUGAAGCCAUUAAAAAAUGCAUUACCAUGGUUUCAAGAAGUCAUUGAGUGGAAAAAUCCUACAACCACCGCUACAGUGAUGAGCACUUCGCUACUUGUUGUAUACAAAGAGUGGGUUGGGAAGGCAAUAGCAGCAUUCUUAUUGUGGUUAGUUUCAAAGAUGAUUUGGGCAAGAAAAUACGAAGUGGGAAAGCAAACAAAAUUUGUUGUUUGCAAUAAUAACGACCAAACAGCGGUGGAUAGCAUAGUGGCAGCUCAACAUGGAAUUAAUACUAUUUACAAUAUUUUGCAGUCUGUAAAUGUUUCACUGCUGAAAAUAAGAUCAAUAUGGCUCGCGAAUGCACCCAAGCACACAAACACGAUGAUUGUUGUCAUGAUUGGAUGUGCGGUCAUAUUGCUGGUUAUACCUCUCAAAUAUAUCAUCAUGUCGGCCCUGCUAUCGACAUUUGCAGUGAAAUUGAACCCGGGUGAUCGGAGGGAUAAGAAAAAUAUAAUGGGAAACCAACGGUUAAAAGGAUGGUGGGAUUCUAUUCCUGUUAGUCCAGUUGAAGUUGUUCAAAAAGCAGGAGAAAGUCCUAAAGAAUCAGGGCUAAAGAAGGAGUAA